AAUUCCCCACUAAGAUGAUGCAUCCGGUAACGUUGGCUGGGUUUAUUGUGAUUCUAUUUUAUUUACGACAGUGGAAUCUUGUCAAAGCAGAAACAUUUCGUCGUAGUAAUGAUGGAAUGAUUUAUUUUCCUGAAAGCCACGAAGCAGAUACAAGAUUUGGAGGAAAUCAAAGUAAUCACAGUGAAAAUGUAAGCUGUAAUUCCGAAUCUUCAGGAACAAACAAAGCCUCCCGAAAAGGAGUCUACGUAUAUGACGCAGAUGCACAGGAGUGGACAGUUAGCAUACUUAUAAUCCCGCCUCAACGGCAGAAUUGUCCUUCCGCGAGUAGCGUUCCGCAAACAUCUAACACUUCGCAGGACAAGACAUUACGUGUGUAUAAUGCAGACACUCAGCAAUGGGGAGCUGCUAAGAUUCAAGACCCUACAAUUAGUUCGUUCCCGCAGAGUUCAUUCCCUGAGACGACGACGAUGAAAAUGUCCGAGGAAAAAUCUCAAUCGGAACAGAGUGAAGUUGGCACUAGUCGAAAAAACCCGGCAAAAUCCUUCAUAUCUUACAACAGCCAAACCAACAGAUGGGAUGUCACUACACUGUAACAGUAAGUCAGCUAAUAAUGAGAGUGUAUCAAAUUGUUCAGUUUUAUUCAUUAUAGUUGGAAGACUUCGAUUAAUUUAAGUAGCGUACCUGGUUUUGGUACAAACCAGUGCUGAGGUAUUUGAUAUUUACAGACAUUUAUUUGUGCCAGAAAGUGGUUAAAGAAACAAUAUUCAAGAAUCGCUCCAUCGAAUCGGACAAAUCAAUUUAGCAAUAUACAGAAAUUUGGCUGAAUAAAUAUUGGCAUUAAAUAUAACCAAAAUUGAUCAGUUUGAACCUAUAUAAAUAUGUGAAGACUAGAUUUUUUAUAUGAUACUGAUGCGGAAUAAAUUAUUUUCGCAAUGUUAGAGUGCUAGCUGUAAGCAAUAAUUAUUUUAUUUUAUAUAUUUUUACUAAAAUCGCUCCAGCGUUGAUGUAGGGUAUAGGUGGAUGGCGA